AUGUUCAUGGAGAGAGUAAGCGAGCUUUGGGCAAAAUAUCAAACUUCUCCUUUAAUGUGUAACAAAGAAAGAUCCUUCGUGGUUUUGAGAUUAUCAGGAGUUAAGCCACGAUAUCUCCAAAGAGCUAUGGUUAAUCAACUUGUGUUGAUUAUUUAUUGUUAUCCCUUACCUACUGUAACGUGCGUUGAAGAUACCAUAUAUGACCAUUGUAAUAAAUUAAGUGAAGAAGUCCUUUUACAUUCUUGGAUUAUCGAUCUUGAAGACCUGGAUGCAAAGAAGUUAUUUACAGAAAUACAUCAUGCCCUCGAUCCAUUUUCUUCUUUAGAAACUUCUACAAAUGAUAAUAUUCCAAAUUAA